UUGGAUGUCAAUUUGUAAACAAGGAAGAGAAAACACCAAUUGUAUUCCAUUUGAUCGGAAAUAUCAAUAACAGGAGGUAUGGUAGUUCCCCGUGGUGACUGAUGGCUGUAGUAACUACGUUUGUGGAGGGCUGGGAUUUUGUCCAGACAUUGGGAGAAGGAGCAUACGGAGAAGUGAAGUUGGCUGUAAAUACAGACACACAAGAAGCCAUAGCUGUGAAGAUCAUCAACUUAGAGCGAUGUCCAUCAGCAGCCGACAGUGUUCGCAAAGAGGUUUGUGUUCACAAAAUGUUGAAUCAUGACAAUGUCAUCAAAUUUUUUGGCUUCCGGAAAAAUGGCAACAUGCAAUAUCUGUUUCUGGAGUAUGCAAGUGGUGGGGAGCUGUUUGAUAGAAUAGAGCCCGAUGUUGGUAUGUCUCAAGGAGAUGCAAACAAGUACUUCAAACAGCUGCUGGCAGGCGUGGAGUAUCUACACAGUCGUGGUGUAACACAUAGAGACCUCAAGCCAGAAAAUGUCCUCCUUGAUGAUUUUGAUAAUUUGAGGAUUUCUGACUUUGGUCUUGCAACAGUGUUUCGUUACCAAGGCAAUGAACGUCUACUGGAGCGUUGUUGUGGCACAGUGCCGUAUGUAGCUCCAGAGGUGAUCAGUCGUAAACCGUAUCAUGCAGAGCCGGCUGAUGUGUGGUCAUGUGCUAUAAUACUUGUAGCUCUUCUGGCUGGAGAAUUGCCGUGGGAUGAGCCUAACUAUGGCUGUCAGGAGUACAGUGAUUGGAAAGAUUGCCGCAUCACAGUUCCUCCUUGGAGCAAGAUUGACAACUUGGCACUGUCUUUGUUACGGAAGCUGCUUGUGGAGAAUGCCUCAAAACGAUACACAAUCCGACAGAUAAAGGGACAUCAGUGGUUUAACAAAAACUUCAAUAAGUCCAGCAAAGGGUCAUGGGGUCGCCUGCCAUCAGGAUCACCAGGAGAUUCACCCUGUGGGACAGGUUCAUUCAAACGUGUCUGUUCUGGAUUAUCUCCCCUUGGACAUGGUACAGACAGUGACAUCAUGCGAGUGUCAUCCUCCCAGCCAGAUCCUCAGCAGCUCACAGACACUACAGGGGACAAUGGCCAAUCAUCUGUGGAUGCGGUCUUUAGUUUCUCUCAACCAGUUCACCCAGAGAACAUGUUCCUUAGUAGCCAGUUCCAGGGCACGCCAGGAUGUUCACAGACACCGUUACAGAAGAUGGUACGACGAAUGACCAGGUUUUUUGUACGAGCAGAUAAGGAAGGCAGUAUGGCUGAACUGGAGCGGGUUCUCCAACAUCUAGGGUAUAACUACAAACGGAACUCACCAGGCAUGGCCACAGUGAGUGCCCAUGACAGAAGGAAGAUGUCCCUUGUGUUCAAGGCCUGUCUAUUAGAGAUGGGAGAAAAUUUGCUGAUGGACUUUCGUCUCUCUAAGGGAGAUGGACUGGAGUUUAAACGGCAUUUUAUUAAGAUAAAGGAGCAGAUGAAAUCAGUCAUCAGUAAGAUGCCUCCAGCGUAUCCUCUGGUGCCCUCACAAGUUAACCCUCUGGACGUUCACUGAUAACAGGCUACUUAUUCUCACUAGGACGAGGAGGCACUGCAUCUUUCCAUGUGUUUGACUAGUUUUAUCAACAGUGAAGGACAUGUGUUUGACUGGUUUGACUUAUGAAUCAAAUGCACUGAUUGAUAUUGUGUUGAGGUUGUAAGUAAGAUUUCUUUUGCAUAAGCAGUUGAAACGGUUGGAGUGGUUGAUCCUGUAUGAGAACUGCCAGGUACAGAUUGGAACUGAGGCUGGACUGCGGAAUAUUUGGCAUGCUUGAUGAAGAGGUCCAGCUGUACCGGUUCAAAACUAACUUGAUGAAUAUCAGUAGUUUUCAGAAUUUCAACAUAAAGCAGGGUCUGUGCACUCAAAUAUAUCAACAAGCAUUGAGUGAAAUAGAUGAAUUAUUGUUCAUUGUUUUAUGCUUAACAGGAAAUUCCAAAGCUGUGCAUUUAACAUAUAUCAGUUCCAACAUACAUCUGCGUACAUGUAUAGUGAAAUAAUUCCAGACUACCUGAGCCGUUUCAACUGGGUUACGCGAAAGCAGUCUAAAGCAGUGUAUAGAUCUGGUCUGUGUUAAUUUUAUGCCUGAUUUAAACAUAAAAGUUCCUUGACUUUUGACUAUAUUAGCAGCAUGGUUUGAAAUAUUCAAACUGCACAAAUAUGUGCU